UCUUCUUUGGCGCCCUCGGUUUAAGAUUCAACUGUGUUAAAUCGCGCUCAGUGAGCAAACCUUGUAUUCCAAUUCUAUUCCUCGGUUGCUUUGUUUGUUUGGAAGCUCAGGACAGAACAUUAUCCACUUCUUUCUCAGGAAACCAGCUACUUUGCCAACAUGCAUGUCAUUAAACGAGAUGGACGCCAUGAGGGAGUCACUUUUGAUAAAAUCACAUCUCGCAUUCAGAAGCUUUGCUAUGGACUCAACUGUGACUUUGUGGACCCUGCCCAGAUUACCAUGAAGGUGAUCCAGGGUCUGUACAGUGGAGUCACCACUGUGGAGCUGGACACUCUGGCAGCAGAGACCGCGGCCACGCUGACCACCAAACAUCCCGACUACGCUCUCCUGGCAGCGCGUAUAGCCGUUUCUAAUCUCCAUAAAGAAACCAAGAAAGUAUUCAGUGAUGUGAUGGAAGACCUCUACAACUAUGUGAACCCCUUAAAUAAAAAGCACUCCCCUAUGAUCUCCAAGGAGAUGCAUGAUGUUGUACUGGAAAACAAGGGUCGCCUGAACUCAGCCAUCAUCUACGACCGAGACUUCUCCUACAACUUUUUUGGCUUUAAGACUCUUGAGCGGUCGUAUUUGUUGAAGAUUAACGGCAAAGUUGCCGAGAGGCCCCAGCACAUGCUAAUGAGAGUGGCGGUCGGGAUUCAUCAAGGAGACAUCGACGCUGCCAUUGAAACCUACAACCUCCUGUCAGAGAAGUGGUUCACUCAUGCCUCACCUACUCUGUUCAAUGCAGGCACCAACAAGCCACAGCUGUCAAGUUGUUUCUUGCUCGCCAUGAAAGAUGACAGCAUCGAAGGUAUUUACGACACCCUGAAACAGUGUGCCCUCAUCUCCAAGACAGCUGGAGGUAUUGGAUUGGCUAUUAGCUGUAUCAGAGCAACGGGCAGCUAUAUCGCUGGGACAAAUGGCAAUUCCAAUGGGCUGGUUCCUAUGCUUCGGGUCUACAACAAUACAGCACGUUACGUUGACCAGGGGGGCAACAAGAGACCCGGGGCCUUCGCCGUGUACUUGGAACCGUGGCACUCCGAUGUGUUUGACUUCUUAGAGUUGAAGAAGAACACUGGUAAAGAGGAGCAGAGAGCCAGAGAUCUGUUCUUUGCCAUGUGGAUCCCUGACCUGUUCAUGAAACGAGUGGAGAGCAAUCAGGACUGGUCUCUAAUGUGUCCCAGUGAUUGUCCUGGGUUAAAUGAAUGCUGGGGAGAGGAGUUCGAGCAGCUUUACACUCGGUACGAGAAGGAGGGCAGGGCCAAGCGUGUGGUGAAGGCCCAGCAGGUGUGGUACGGCAUCAUUGAGUCGCAGACAGAAACUGGUACACCGUACAUGCUCUACAAGGACGCCUGCAACAGGAAGAGCAACCAGCAGAAUCUGGGCACCAUAAAAUCCAGCAAUCUGUGCACAGAGAUCGUAGAGUACACAAGCAAAGACGAGGUUGCGGUGUGUAAUCUGGCAUCUAUUGCUCUCAACAUGUAUGUCACCUCAGAAAGGAGCUUUGACUUCAAAAAGCUUGCAUCGGUCACCAAAGUCAUUGUCAAGAACCUCAACAAGAUUAUUGACAUCAACUAUUACCCCGUGAUUGAGGCCGAGAGGUCUAACAAGCGCCACAGGCCGAUUGGAAUCGGAGUGCAGGGUCUGGCCGAUGCCUUCAUCCUAAUGCGUUUUCCCUUUGAAAGCCCGGAGGCCCAGUUGCUCAACAUUCAGAUCUUUGAGACCAUUUACUACGCUGCCCUGGAGGCCAGCUGUGAGCUGGCAGCGGAGCUCGGCCCCUACGAAACCUACGCCGGGUCUCCCGUCAGCAAGGGAAUCCUACAGUAUGACAUGUGGGAUAAAACCCCGACCGAUCUGUGUGACUGGGACGCAUUGAAGGCGAAAAUUGCCACGCAUGGCGUGAGGAACAGUCUGCUCUUGGCCCCCAUGCCCACAGCUUCCACCGCCCAGAUCCUGGGAAACAAUGAGUCCAUUGAGGCCUACACCAGCAACAUCUACACCCGCAGGGUGCUCUCGGGAGAGUUUCAGAUUGUGAAUCCUCACCUGCUGAAGGACCUCACCGAAAGAGGACUGUGGAGUGAAGAAAUGAAGAACCAGCUGAUUGCUCAGAACGGGUCAAUCCAGGGUAUUGAGGGGAUCCCUGACGAGCUGAAGCGGCUGUAUAAAACUGUGUGGGAAAUCUCCCAGAAGACUGUCCUCAAGAUGGCAGCAGAUCGUGGUGCCUACAUCGACCAGAGCCAGUCCCUAAAUAUCCAUAUUGCAGAGCCAAACUAUGGCAAACUGACCAGCAUGCACUUCUAUGGUUGGCAGUUGGGCCUGAAAACUGGCAUGUACUACCUGCGGACGAAGCCUGCCGCCAACCCCAUCCAGUUCACUCUCAACAAAGAGAAGUUAAAGGAGUCGGCCAAGACCGAUCAGGAGACCAAACGGAGCAACACUGCUGCCAUGAUGUGUUCUUUAGCCAACAAAGAAGAUUGCCUGAUGUGUGGUUCCUAAGUGAAGUUUGGUUCCCACAGAAAAAGGCACUUCCCCUUAUCCACCAGUUUCUCUAUUACAUGCAUUAGAUAUUCCAUUUUACAUACAGCACUGACUUUCAUCGCACAUUUUCAGGGAUUUUCUCAUGAAUUUUUUUGUAUCCAUUUUUGUAUAGAAUUAACAGGCCACAAAUAAUAUUUUGUGGUAUUUCUUUUUAUCAAUACAGUUUUAUUGUAAUGAGUUUUAUUAAUGGGAAAUUAAACUGGUCAUAUGAUGGUUAUAACAUAUGUGGCAUUACUUGUGAGAAUAUGUGAAGGUAAGAACAGGACUUACGUAUUAUAUUCAUAAAAGAAAAUAUUGAAGUGCCAAGUAUCUAGCAUGCUUUGUUUUUUAAAUGUUAUGUCAUCUUUAUUAGGACAUGAGCAGGGAGAGGGUAAACCAUGGAUCCUCUUUCAGGAUGCAGCUUCUGAGUUACAUAAAGGGUUUUUCUGUAAAAUUACAUAAAGUGUGCUUUAAUUAUCGACACUCUUCGGGACUCACAACACUAACAAUUGAAAAAUGUGACGGCGUCAAUCCAGUAAUCGUGCAUCGAAAGGGCGGCUCACGGUGUUUUUUUCCAUGGGAGGCCGGUCGGCCUUCGUCUUGGGACGGGUGCUGCUGCGGGUGAAGAAUUAAUGAACUGGUGUUUUCAUGUCUGUGACCUCAUGGGAGCAGAAUGUGUGAAGCAAGCUGAAACCUGAACUGUGGCAGGUUGUUGGUCUGCCACUUCCUGAAAAGCAACACUAAAGCAUCACUGGCUACAGUU